AGAAUGUAAAGCUGUACAGUUAUGGCGACCCCAAAGAGAAAGCAUGAAAGAACCUUUAGAGUAGAGUUCAACACUUAAGGCAAGUAGACAAGCCAAAGACCUCUUAAGGAUCAGGCUUGAAGAGAAGGGAGAGUUUGGGAAAAGAAAAUAUAAAGAAAAGCUGGAAGAAGGACAAGCCUAAUGGGAGACAAAGCCUCGCUUUAUCUACAAAAGGGGGAAAAGGUUGUUUUUCAAAGUUAAAGAUAAAGCCAUCUGUCAUAUUUGGCCAAGCAUCUCAUGACAAGUCCUUCUGACAAGCACUUAAAGAGUUAAAGGUCAAGAUGAAGUUGAAUGAUGGCCAAGAUUAAAGGAGUCAUACCUGAUCACAUUUGAGGAUGUUCGUGAUGCAGAAGAUGCUUUACAUAAUUUGGACAGAAAAUGGAUUUGUGGACGCCAAAUUGAAAUACAGUUUGCACAGGGGGAUCGAAAGACUCCAAAUCAGAUGAAAGCCAAGGAAGGGAGGAAUGUGUAUAGUUCUUCACGCUAUGAUGACUAUGACAGAUAUAGACGUUCUAGAAGCCGAAGUUAUGAAAGAAGGAGAUCAAGAAGUCGUUCCUUUGAUUACAACUAUAGAAGAUCUUAUAGCCCUAGAAACAGUAGACCGACUGGAAGACCACGGCGUAGCAGAAGCCAUUCCGACAAUGAUAGAUUCAAACACCGAAAUCGAUCUUUUUCAAGAUCUAAAUCCAAUUCAAGAUCACGGUCCAAGUCCCAGCCCAAGAAAGAAAUGAAGGCUAAAUCACGUUCUAGGUCUGCAUCUCACACCAAAACUAGAGGCACCUCUAAAACAGAUUCCAAAACACAUUAUAAGUCUGGCUCAAGAUAUGAAAAGGAAUCAAGGAAAAAAGAACCACCUAGAUCCAAAUCUCAGUCAAGAUCACAGUCUAGGUCUAGGUCAAAAUCUAGAUCAAGGUCUUGGACUAGUCCUAAGUCCAGUGGCCACUGAUAGUAUAAACCAUGAUAUUUUUAGGCAUGUAUCAUUCAUUUACUCUCAUAGUUUGGUUUACUUAAAUUAUCAGGAAUACAAUGUUGCAAUGAUGCUUAAAAAAACACUUGUCAGUUUUCCCUGUACCAGGCAAUGGUUAUUAUUAAAAUGAUAUGCUGUUGAGAAGCCACUCUUAAGAGUCCAGUUUGUUUAAUGUUAUGGGCAGCUACCAAUUUGUGGUGUCUCUGUAUAUUUUUGUAAAGAUUCUCAUUUUUUAAUGCUUGAGGUAUUGGUGAAAAGAUGUUGGUUGACCAUAAUUUGCAACAUUGUCUUAUUAAAAAUAAACUUUCAUAUCCAUAUUUGGUAGAACUGUUAACCUAGAAAUGUAGCUUGCUAAUCAGGUAGAAUGAUACAAAAGUGAAGUUGUAGCCACCGUACAACACUGACCCGACUAGACACAUUUAGGUUCAGGGUGGACCUUUUUGUCUUGUCAAGGUGUCGAGACCCACGAUGAUAAUUUAUGGCACAGUGUGGAAUAGUUCUUUUGUUAACCCCACUGUCUCGGGGAAUGACGCCAACUGGGUUAAGUAGCAUUUUCAGGGAGAUGGCGUUUUUGAUUGAAACACGGAGCCUUCACUUUUCUGGUUUCUGUGAAGAUUUGGAACCAUACAAACAUCGGAAAAACCCACCUUAAAAUUUGGGCAGGUUGAUGAUGGCAGAAAUAAUUUUAAGGGGAAAAGAAUGCUCUUAUGCAGUUACUCUAAACUUUAAGGAGCAUUGUUGACCAUAAUAUUGCUUAGUUUUCUCACUGCUGUUAAAAGCAAGUAAAGUGUUUUCAAAGUAGGUUUUGUUUGUGUGUGCGCAUAGUGUAAAAGGACUGAAUUUUGAUACUUAAAGCACUUGGUGUGUGCAUUUGUAUCAAAAUUUGCCCAUAUCUUUAUGAAGGAGGCUUGUUCUUCACGCCUCAGUUUAUUUAAUGUGAGGCAAGUAAAAAGACAACACUCCCAUUCUACGUGAUUCUGUGGUGCCAUGAGAUUUUAAAUAAUUCUGGAAAAAACUAAUUUUAAGGAAGUCACAUCUCUUGAGGUUUUGACUGAUUAUCCAUGUAGUACCUGAUGAAAAUAAUACCCUAACUCUUUAUAAUUUCUAACAUCUCUCUGCGAGACCAUUUGGGGGCAAUAAAAAGUGACUUGACGUGUCCAAUCUCAUUUCAGAAUAAAAGCUGGCAUCCUUAAAAUUUUUAGAUUGCUUGCUUACAGGCAUAAUAAGUAAGAAAUAUUUUAGGGAAACCAUUCCUUUUAGAGGAUUACUUUUUUCAAUUUUGGUUUUAGUAAUCUAGGCCUUGCCUGUAAAGAACAAAAGGUGGUUUUUAAAUACUGUUUGUGGAAUGUGUUUAAAGGAUUGAUUCUAGAACCUUUGUAUAUUUGAUAGUAUUUCUAACUUUCAUUUCUUUACUGUUUGCAGUUAAUGUUCAUGUUCUGCUAUGCAAUCAUUUAUAUGCACGUUUCUUUAAUUUUUUUAGAUUUUCCUGGAUGUAUAGUUUAAACAACAAAAAGUCUAUUUAAAACUGUAGCAGUAGUUUGCAGUUCUAGCAAAGAGGAAAGUUGUGGGGUUAAACUUUGUAUUUUCUUUCUUAUAGAAGCUUCUAAAAAGGUAUUUUUAUAUGUUCUUUUUAACAAAUAUUGUGUACAACCUUUAAAACAUCAAUGUUUGGAUCAAAACAAGACCCAGCUUAUUUUCUGCUUGCUGUAAAUUAAGCAAACAUGCUAUAAUAAAAACAAAAUGAAGGAAAUAAUGAUUAACUGGAAUUAUUAUAGUUUUGAAUGAGAUUAUACAAUAACAACGGAUUUAGGAAUAUUUUAAAUCAGUGUUGCACUAGGCACAGGUUUUACUUUGGAAAUGAUAGAACCUGCCAGAAAGGUACAUCUUUUACGUAGUACUUAAAAAUUCCUUAUGUAAUGUCAGAGUUGUUUCAUUAUUGCUUAUUAAACCCCUUGGGUUAAAUAACUUAGAGGUUAUUGGUAGUGUUAAGAUACGCAUUAAAAUGAAAUUUGAGUUAGCUAAUUUUAAGUUUAUAUUUUCAUUAUUAGAUGGACCAAUAAUUCUACUCUUCCCCAUCCUAAACAAGAUGGAUUGGGCCUUAUGUUUAUGGCGUGAUUUGAAAUAUUUUUGCAUUGAAUGUUCGUGAGCACUUAAUAUUAAGUGAUAAUCACUGUGGGGAACUGGUUUAGGUGUUUUGUGGUUUGAGUUCAAGCUGCUUUAUAAUGACAAGUAUAGCUGAUAUUUAUUGAGUAUUUAUGAUGUGCCAGACACUGUUCUAAAAGCUUUAUGUGUUAACUCAUUUACCCAUCACGAGACCCUAUGAGAAAGAUACUUCUAUUUUCUCGUGUAACAGAUGAUAAGGAAAUGGAGGCACAAAGAAAAAGCAGUAAAAGGCAGAUCCAGGAUUUGAGCUCAGCCGGAUCCUUAGAUGGUUUUUUUUUUUAAAAAUGGACUGUAAUUAGAGUAGAUUGGGGAAAUAGCCCGUUUAAUUUUUCUGUCUGUAUAGAAUUAGAAGUAGUGGUUUCGUUUUUUUUACUUGUGUCACUUAUUUUUAGACUCAUGCUAUUUUCUUGAGAACCUUAUAUGUUAUUUCUAAAGUGACAUACCUAAAUAACAUAGCUUCAAAGGGACUAUUUUAUAGUUGAACCCAUGAUAGAUAGGAUCCUACUGAUACUUAAGGAUCCUUAUACAGGGCUUUAAUGUUGGGUUACAUAGUUGAGUUCCAUAAUUGAGUUAUCUACUGUGUGUCUGGCACGGCUCAGUAUUGGAGUAGAACAUAUCAAGACUCAAGUGAGAGCUGACACUUCACCUCUCUUUUUGCUUAAGAUCUCUGCAUUUUUUUUUUUUU